UCGAGUUUGACGACGGAACGCGAAAAAUCACAAGCCAAAGAAAGAACAGCUUAUUUUGAUGAUCUGUUUCAAUUGUUAGAGACGACGAACGUGAAAAUGGAUAAAAAAGUGCUCGAGCACAUUGCCGAUCUGCUUAAACUUAACGUCCAUCCGGACAAUAUUUUAGAAUUUCUGAGGACAGUGAUGGUGAGAAAGGAAGAAGAAGAAGUGAUUUUUAUUUAAAGAUGCAGCUAGUUUCUCUACCGGAGAUCACCCGUGAAAGGCAAUGUUUCGCAUUUGUUUACAGACUUUCUAAAUUUGAUUACUGAGGAAUAAUUAUUUUGUUCCUUUCAGCUGCAAGAUGUAUUUGUAAACUUCUUUUCUUAUUUCCCUCGUAUAAGUGUCUGAUAAUCAUGUUUAGUUAUUCUAAAAUGUCAUGAUUUCUUUUAAAGUGUUUAAAUUUUUUGUUUUUGAUUUUAAUUCCAGCUGAAUAACUUGUCAACUUCGCAACUUAAACAGUAUUUCACCUGUUUUCGGUGGCAGAAGUUUUUGUGCUCUUGAUUGUUAGUUUUUAUUUCGUUUACACAUUCUGCAUGAAUAAAAAAUGAUAUUAGUAGCAUCUUGAUGCGACGUUUCUGGCACAGACAUUAUUAAACAGUGUUAUAUUUUGUGGUUUUUCUUGCCGGAGAAAUAAUUUUUGACUGACAGAAAGCGUAAGAAAAUGUUUUGAGAUUUGAUUAAAUAGCUAUAGCUUCAUAUUUUCCAGUCAGUUUUUUUUUGGCAUUUCGCAAUUAUUCCAAAAUUCACUAUUUAGCUCUCCUCAUCUAACAAUCAAGUAUUGGCGUUCUUGGUGAAAGAACACGUUACCAGGAAACAAAUAACGCCCAACCCGGUUCAUUGGCUCGCUCAAAGAAGAUUUGAAAACUUUAUAUAACACAGGGCGCAUGACAGUAUAUGUUUGUUAUCGAACUCGCGUGAGGUCCGUAUUAGAGAAAUAUUGGUCUCGUUCAUUGUUUCGCGGGUUUAUGGAACCUUGGCAUAAUCUUGGCAAAAAAAAAAAAAGAAAGAAAGAAGGAACGAGAGCAAUAUUCUCCGAUAUGGUCCGAAUAAGCUAGUUCAGUUCAGUAUUUAUUAUAAUCUUAGGGCUUUUGUUGAUCUGCUGCUAAAUUAAUAGGUUUCCGCGAUUCAUCCUCGGUAACCGCGCGUGCGAAAGGUAAAUUUUUAUUGACUUUUCACACGUCGCUUUUCCCUCCAGACAUGAAAUUAAAAAGAUUUCCACUCAAAAAAAACUUUAUUUUUUGCAAUGAACUGAAAAAGCAAUUCGUCGAAUUUGAUUUGUGAGCGGUACACCUCGGAGGUCCGUAUUGCAAAAUUCGGACCGUGAAGGGAACCAAUCAGUUCAGCCAAAUAAUAAAAAGUGACUAUCAUCGGGAUCUCCUUGGUGUGACCGCCAAAGAACAAGCGAUAUCUGUCUCGAUGGUUAUUCAAAUCAUGGAAUCACAAUCCCUGUCCCCCUUGGCAGUUUUGAUGGCUUUCCGUUCAACUAAUUUUUGAAAGUCACAAGCAGUUGGAUAACCUAUUUCUAUUCGGGUGGCUACAGAUACGUGAGGUGACACGAGCGAGGGUUUUCGUGUCACUGUGUGCAAAUGGAACUCGUGGGGUUCUGUCCUUGAGUUAACUUACCGUUACCUUUCCAUUUUCCAAGAUUAGCAGUCAGUUGAUUUAUCAAAUCCUUCACAGGCUCCGAUUCUUAAGUCUGCAUUUAUGAUCGGACUUGAAAUAGCAGUGCGAUUAAAAAGGAACCCCUUUAUUGGUUUUGUUUUGCAGAGUUUAUGUGGGGGAGAGGGUCGCUUGCUUCUUUUUUCUUGCGGAUGUGGGUAGGAGUGAACUUUCUUGGAGACAACCGAUCGCGAAGGGGCUUGAUGUUUAUUUAACGUGUACUUUUUAAAAAUUAAGUAAAGUUAAAGAAGUUCAGUCAAGGUGUUUUGAGAUAAUUUGACCACGUACAAAAUUUACUUUAAAUCGAAGUAAACCUGUAAAUAAUUUUUUAGUAAAAUAGAAAAUCACCAAGGAAAUAAUAUAAACCAUAAAGGAACAAGGAUGGUCAAGAAUGGUGAAGAUUAACACGGAUUAUAAACGGAUUACAAACUUGAAAAAUUUAGGUCAAACUAUUCAACGGACGCGCAAACCAUGACGUAGGUCCUUUUAAAGUGUUAUUGGCCAAGGCGGUGACAUAAGUAUACUUGUGACAAGCGGUUCUUUCCUGGCUACAGCUACUACUUGUGUCAUCCCUGUGAAGAAAUUAAACAGCAGCAAAAGAAGCCGCCUUCUAUUCACAUAAUCAGAGCAAGCCCUAUCCAGCUCUCUGGCUUGUUUAGCAGAAAAUCUGGGGCUGGGUGUUGGAAAAGAUCUCGGAUUAUCCCUAAGUCGGUGGAGGUUCUGAAUUUCUCCUGGAUAAAAGCAGGGUUUGAAGGACACAAAAUACGUAUGAACAGAAAACCUUCCUGCAAAGUUACACUGGCAACGAUAUUACAAAUAAACAGCCAGUUUCUCGUGCCAAGUUUUAUUUUCUCUUGUGUUGGACAAAAAAAUUAUCAUAGUACAAGAAUACGGAAAGACUCCAAUAAUACCCGCCACUCCCGAAAAUACUUCCGCUACCGGUAUUCCUUUCAAUAAGCCUUUAUAAAUUGCAGUUUAAUUCUUAUGAAAAUAUGAUAAGAUUUUGCCCACUCCGUCUGCUGUAGGUGAUAUUUUGUUUUGUUUAUGUAUACGAUAUUUCAGAGACUUUCGUUUCGUCCGAUGAUUGUGAACUUAUUUGCGACACAGCACUUUUCCUUUACUUAAGGGACUUAGCGUCUGGAAAACGCCCGACCAUUCUUGGAGCUCCAAUGACAUUUAAUAAUAAUGAUAACCUCCAAAGCUAAAUCCACCCUCAACUAAGCUCAUCAAGAAGCGUUUUUACGGAUUUUACGGUAUGACAAAAAGUUUCGUUGGCUAGUCGAUCUGCUUGCUAAAAAUUUUGAAAAACUGCCCGAGUGUGAAAGGUAAAAAUGCCUGAAAGUUUAAGGAUUUCUAGAAAUAACCUUUUAUGCUGAAUGGUUUUAUGCUUGUCUCGAUAUUAAGAGACUGAAAGAUUUAAGACCGUUAUAAGACGCUACGCCCGUUCCUUCCUGUGGUGACCGAAAUAACCACGAUUUUGAAUUUUGUCUGUGAAUUCGUUUUGAACUUUCAGUCGAGAUCACGAAAACCAGUGUAACCAAUGAGUGUAGACUGAUGUCUCCCUGAUACGUUCAGUCUUGAAAUGGAAGUUAAUUUCGCUAACUCUUGGGAAAACGAAAUCGCUAAAUUUAGCUAAGCUCAGAAUAGUAGCUCAAGGCAAUAGAGAUUUUAAUUAGUUUUUCAUGCAGUCGUUGGAAGUUUGAUUGGCUGGAAAGGCAACGAAGCUAUAUUUAAACUUUUACAAUAACCAAUUUGUCCAUUUACUACAGGAAAUUUCUGCUGUUUCCUUUUGAAAGUCGGUUUGAAGGGAACAAAGGCCUCAAUAGUAGUGAUUGAUUUUCCGCCUCUUUCUAUUACAUGGGCAACAAAUUUUAAACUCGUUUCCUUGCAAAUUUUGUCUUACACGGUGCUCGCUUAUUCACACGUGAAACGAGUGAUUCGAGAUAUUACAUGUAAACAUUUAUUUUAGUGUUGCUUAGAGCGAGUGCCUGUUUCAAGGUCAAUUUCUUGAAGUGUUUAAUUACCAAUUAACCAAUCAAUAUUAGUAAAGCAGCUCAUUUGCUCUUCUUCUGUACACAGCCAGCGCCGCGCACAGUUGAUUAUUACAAACUGAAACACAUGCCAAAAGGCAAGGCAAACAUCCUGAUUGCGUUAUUUCAAAAGUUAACGUAAGUUCAAAAACGUUUACUUGUAGUGCGAUUGUAUGAGUUUUCCGCCUCUCUCGAACAGGCAGUACUUUCUUUAAAACAGCUCCUUCGAAAUGUUGUUACAACUUUGUAUCCCAUGUCCUCAUCGUCGCAUGCGAAAGGAGUUUAGUAAUGUUGCUUUUAGCGAGAAUUCCAUUCAAUGUCAACUUCAUGAAAUGUUUAAUUAAUUACCGAUAUUUAAGCAAUCCAAUUUCCAAAGCCGUUUGUUUGCCUUUCUUCUGUACACAACCCACUUUGAAUACAAAAAGAGACGUCAUAAAGGCAAGCCAAACUACUUGUUUGCAUUAAUUUCACGUUGCACUUUAUUCAACAAAAGGAAUUUUAUUAACUGUCAAAAAGACGGACUUAAGCAAAGUGCAAUUACAGGCGUUUGUUUACAACUUCAGUGUGAGUGUUCCUUCGGCGACAUGGAGUACAGGGUUUCUGAUUCGUCAGGGUUUACACCAGCCGUGGCUGGCUCAAGGAGAACGAGUCACGUCUUUACAAAAGGUACAUUCACUCAAAACGGUAUUUACACCAUCGAGGAACCAAUAAAGAAAGCUCCCAAGCGACCGAAUGCUAAAGAAUACGAAAUCAUCUACAAAGCAUACCUUGAAAUUAGAGAAGAGAAUGAUGUUUUGCGGAGAGAAAGCCAAAAGAUUCAAGGCGAACUGGUGGAGGCGAGAGGCAAAGUGCUCGCUGUCUCCCAAGAGAACGAAGAAUUAAGGGAACAUCUUUUUCAGCUUCAACACACCGAGAACUGGGGACAGAUUAUUCGCGGCAAAGAUGAAGAAUUGAAAAGACUGAACGAGUUUAUCCAUAAAAUGUCUUACGAUCGAGCUGAAGCCAUAAAUAACAAGUCUGUGGCCGAAAUGGCCGUCGACGAACUGAAAUCAAAACUUCGCCACAAGACCAAACAAGUUAAAGAAGUGAAAGAGCUAGAAAAAAUUCAGAGCAAAGCCGUGAUUCUCAACGAGACAGAGAAACUGCGAAACGAGAGAAACAACGCCGUCGCUAAUCUAACACGGCUUGAAGCUUUAGUUCAGAAACUCAAACAAGAAGCGAGCCAUGAGAAAAGGAUAAGCGAGGAACGAAAAAUGGUCAUACAAGAAAUCCACAAAAGGUUGACAACUAAGGAAAAACAAAUCGAGGAGCUUCGUAAACAGCUUGCGAUGUCGCGCUUUUUCAACAAAUGAUUUCAAUCGAUUGCGUAAACAACGUGUACAAAGUGUUCUUUGUUUUUCAUUUCAUGCCGAUUUAAUUGCGAUCUUAGCUUUGAAGUGCACAGCAAACAAAUUCACUCUCACGACAGAGUCGAGACAGACUUGUUUGCGCAAGCUCACGUGGGAAUUUGAUCGGUAGUUCACUCUUCAAGCAACAUUUUAGGGACAUUAAUAACAAUAAUUGUUUAUUAAAAGUAAAUCGAACAGUUGCGCAAACCACACCACGCCGGAGGAAUUUAAAAACGGCGGUUUCACUCUGAAAACGCAUCAAAUGUUUCCCGUCCACACUACG